AUGGCUGCAGCGAUGAUACAUAACGUGCACGUGGCUAUCCUUGUGGCUGCAGCUGCUACAGCGGUUCUGGUAGUGAAGAGCCAGGCCGCUCGCAGGAUUUUCGAUGCCAUCCUAAAUGCGAUUGUGUCUCGCAUUUGCUUCAUUCCGAGCGUUGAGAAUGGAAAAAACAUCAAAGGUCCAGCAUACACUUUCCCGGAUGGCCAGAUGAAGGACAAGUUCUUCCGCGGCAGGGAGAUGUCUUAUGCGUGGAGCGAGAAAUACGGUAGCAUCUACAGAAUCUGGGCCGGAUCUACUCCCGAAGUGGUGCUGACGGACCCAAAGGACGUGCAGGCACUGUACAGCCACGCGUCCAACCACACAAAAGACACCACAGCAAACAUCGGCUGGCUCUUCAGCCAGCUGCUGGGCCAAGCCGUCGGCUUAAUCAAUGGAAAUCGCUGGACGAAGCUCCGCAAGACGCUCGACCCAUUAUUUUCCCACAAGCAAUCCCUGCAAUAUAUCGACGACUUCAACACCUCGGCCGCAUGCUACGCCAAGAGCUUAGACCAGUACGCUCUGGAGAAGAGGGAGGCCGACGAAGAUGAUGGACACUUUGUCGUCAACGCCUCCCAGGCUCUGAUGCGUUUCCCCUACUACGAAGUCGCCAAGCUCUUUUACUCCAACCUCACCCAGUACGAGAUCGACCGGCUCUGGGAACUGGGCCAGCUCUUCACUGAGGUCUUUGCCGGCGCCAUGGAUGGCGGCAUCAACCGCUCGCCUCUGACGAAGCUGCUGAACAGGCCAUCGUGGCAGCGGACGCGGUCGUACAUCGAGCAGUGGGAGGCCUUCACCCACGAAUCCGUCAAGCGUCGUGUGGAUGCCGGAAUCAACGACCCCUUGGUGUCGCUGUGGCAGCAGGCCGCCGAAGAGGAGAUUGACCGGCAGGAGGUGCUGCACACGCUCGCAGAAUCGCUUUUUGCGAAUCUGGAUGUGACGACGCAUGUUAUCUCGUCCUGCGUCAUCCUCCUCGCCGACAACCCCACCGUCCAAGCCGACCUACGCGCCGAGUUCUCCCGGCACGCAUACGACGUUGUCGGCUAUCUCGGCCGGCGCGACACGCUGCUCCACUUCUGCCUGCUGGAGUCGCUGCGCCUACAGCCGGUUCCCGCUUUCACUUUGCCAGACAAGCCGCCGCGAGAGAGGAUUAUUGGCGGGUAUCGGAUCCCAAAAGAUACGACCAUCCUGAUCGACUCGUACGCCAUCAAUAUCCGCAACCCCUUCUGGGGACCCGACAGCCGUCGGUACCGCCCGAACCGGUUCGCUUCGAUUCCGUCGCAGCAGCUUCGAUACAACUUGACCACGUUCGGAUACGGUUCGCGGAAGUGCCUUGGGUACAACGUCGGCGAUAAGAUGGUGCAUGCGCUGGUGUACCAGCUGUUCAGCCAGUAUGACGUCUCCAUAAGGCCGGAUAUGAAGAAGAAGGGCGAUGAGCAGUUUAAAAGAGACGGGGGGAAUUGGUUAGCGUUAUACGAUGUCGAGUUGAACGUGAAGCGGAGAGUAUAA